GAAAACUAUACGAAAACAAUUGAAAAUUUUAGAAGUUUGAACAAAAAUAGAUGAAACUUGAUGAUAUGAUAUAAGUGAUACGAAGUAUAAUUUGAUUUUGAAUAUAAACUCUACUAAAAUUUUCACUGCGUUCCAUAAUGCACUUAAAAUUACUUUAAUAAUAAAUUACUAUGGUCUAUUAUAAUAUGAUCUUCAUGAUAAAAAGCCGUACUUUUAUGGAACAGUUUUCUGAUCACAAGCAAGAUCAUGCACAGGAAAUUAAAAAAACAAGACCUAAAGUGGCAUAGUUUUGACUUUAGGAAAUCAGAACAAUAUUCGAAAGACUCUGAGUUCUGACCAAAGAAAAUAAAAAAAUGAGAUUAUAAACUAAUCAUAAUGCUGACCGGAGAAUAAGAAAGAAAGAACAAAAAUUCUAAUAACAUAACAAAAGAAAUACCUUAUAUAAAUAUAAUAGAAAGCCAAUAUAGAAAUUUCUGAAUAAUUACUUCAGAAUGAGAUUUCUAAACCUAAUUUUUACCUUAUCAAUAUGUCUGACGGCAUAUAUGGGGGAUCACGUUGUUUUCGACUCCAAAUAUUCUUCCAACCAAGUCUUUAGAGCGUUUGCUGAUACGUCUGUACAUGGAGUAAUAGGAUUCUUCUCAGCUCUGCUGUUUUUUAGCUACGGAAUGAAUGUCACCACUCAGGCAUGGAUAUGCAAUGUUCUAUUCUGCUUUAUGGUGUCUUCCUUGAUAGAUAUUGACCAUGUGUUUGUAGCCAGAUCAUUUCAUUUUAAGGAUAUUGCAAAUGUCAAUAAACGAGGCAUUUUCCACAACACAUCAUUUUGCAUAACUAUGACUAGUAUAUUAUUGGUAGCGAGUUAUAUAACAAGAAAAAUUCAUGUAUACCUGCUAACAUACAUGUUAAUUUUAGCAUUUACAAGUCAUCAUAUUAGAGAUGCUAACAGACAUGGUUUAUGGUUUUAUCCUUAUGCACACACGCAGGCAUUGGGAAAAUGUCUGUAUAUUACUCUAAUAUGUGUGCUGCCAUCUGUGUUUGCAUACAUUUUUAAUUAUACAAAACCUGUGUUCCACCAUAAAGUUGUCCAGUAUGGAGUUGUUUGAUGUUACCAUCAUGUUAGGACAUGUUAUGGUGCGGAGCGGUGCUAAAUUGACAGCCGACUGGCGCAGUGGGCAGCGACCCUGCUUUCUGAG